AUGACUAGUAUUGAAAAUACAAAUGUACCAAUUUAUGAGAUACGAUUUCCAGCGAUUACGAUAUGUAAUAAUAAUCAAGUAUAUUUACCGAACACCAAAAACCUUACUGCAAAAUUAAAACCACAUUUACACCAAAAAAAUUCCACAAAUAAUCCAAUUUAUUACGUAAGUGGAGCUGGACAUAAAUAUAGCUUAGUAAUAGUUAUAAAUGUGGAACCAAAUAUGUAUGUUUCCGGAUUAGCACCAUUUUACGGUUCAGAGAUAUUAAUACACGACGGUUUUGCGUAUCCUGAAGUGUCAAUAAAUCCUAUUAUUGCUGCAGUAAAUACAUCGGUGACUGCUCAAAUUGGUGCUCAUACCAUAAAAACUGAUAAAAAUGUUCAAAGUAUUCCAAUAAACAAACGCGGAUGCAGUUUCGAUGGAGAAGUUAAACUGGAUUAUGAAUCCGAGUACAGUUAUGAAACUUGUGUUACAGAGUGUCGUAUGGAUCGUAUUAUUGAACUUUGUCAUUGUAUUCCAUAUUUUUAUCGAUAUUCAGGUGAAACACGAUUUUGUAUUUAUACUGAUGUUCCGUGUUUGAAUCGAUAUAAAGUUCUAUUUUAUAGUACUUAUAAUCCAAAAAAAGGAAUGCAUUCAAGAGUAAUUGACGAGGCAGAUGAUAUAGGAAUAGAUUUGGAAAAAUGUGGAUGUUAUCCAAGUUGCGAAGACAUAACAUAUGAAGUUCAAACUCAAACUUUUAAUGUUAUUCAGAAUACUUCAUUUUUUAUGCCAAUUCAAGUUGGCAACAAGACGCCAGAAAUAUCCAAUAAAACAUUUCUAUUUGUAAACUAUCAACAUUUGACGUUAAUUCAAUAUCGUCGAGAUGUUCGAGUCACUUGGAAUAAUUUAUUAGGUAAUUCAGUGAAAAAAAUUAUUAUAGUGUAA